AUGGAGGCUGUGCUGCCACUGCAGGUGGAGGGCGGCACAAUGUUUGCUAGCCCAUCAUUCGAUGGCAACAAGAGUGUGGCGCUGGCAGCAAUGGGGCCCGGAGCUUCAGGAAGUGGGGCCAGGACGGCGAUAGCUCCACGCUCGGUGCUGGGCUCUGGAGUCAGCCUGCAUGCCUAUGACAUAGCGGUCCUGGUCGUCUACUUCAUCUUUGUCAUCGGUGUGGGGAUCUGGUCAUCCAUUCGCGCAAGCCGAGGGACCAUCGGCGGCUACUUCCUGGCAGGGAGGUCCAUGAGCUGGUGGCCGAUUGGGGCCUCUCUGAUGUCCAGCAAUGUGGGCAGUGGCUUGUUCAUCGGCCUGGCUGGGACAGGAGCUGCUGGAGGCCUUGCUGUUGGGGGCUUCGAAUGGAACGCAACCUGGCUGCUUCUGGCCCUGGGCUGGAUUUUCGUGCCCGUUUACAUUGCUGCUGGUGUGGUCACCAUGCCACAGUACCUGAAGAAGCGAUUCGGGGGCCAGAGGAUCCAAGUGUACAUGUCUGUCCUGUCUCUCAUCCUCUACAUCUUCACCAAGAUUUCAACUGACAUCUUCUCUGGAGCCCUCUUCAUCCAGAUAGCCUUGGGCUGGAACCUGUACCUCUCCACGGUGAUGCUGCUGGUGGUGACAGCUGUCUACACCAUCGCAGGGGGCCUCACGGCCGUGAUCUACACAGAUGCUCUUCAGACAGUGAUCAUGGUGGGGGGCGCCCUAGUCCUCAUGUUUCUGGGCUUUCAGGAGGUGGGCUGGUACCCAGGCCUGGAGCAGCGGUACAGACAGGCCAUCCCCAAUGCCACAGUCCCCAAUACCACCUGUCAUCUCCCCCGGUCUGAUGCCUUCCACAUGCUGCGGGACCCUGUGAGCGGGGACAUUCCUUGGCCAGGCCUCAUUUUUGGGCUUACAGUGCUGGCCACCUGGUGCUGGUGCACAGACCAGGUCAUUGUGCAGAGGUCUCUGUCUGCCAAGAAUCUGUCCCACGCUAAGGGAGGCUCCGUGCUAGGGGGCUACCUGAAGAUCCUGCCCAUGUUCUUCAUCGUCAUGCCUGGCAUGAUCAGCCGGGCCCUGUACCCAGAUGAGGUGGGCUGUGUCGACCCUGACGUCUGCGAAAGCAUCUGCGGGGCCCGAGUGGGGUGUUCCAACAUCGCCUACCCCAAGCUGGUCAUAGCCCUCAUGCCCGUGGGUCUGCGGGGCCUGAUGAUCGCCGUGAUCCUGGCUGCCCUCAUGAGCUCGCUCACCUCCAUCUUCAACAGCAGCAGCACCUUGUUUGCCAUUGACGUGUGGCAGCGCUUCCGGAGGAAGGCUACGGAGCAGGAGCUGAUGGUGGUGGGCAGACUGUUUGUGGUGUUCCUGGUUGUCAUCAGCAUUCUCUGGAUCCCCAUCAUCCAAAGCUCCAACAGCGGGCAGCUCUUCGACUACAUCCAGGCUGUCACCAGCUACCUGGCCCCACCUAUCACUGCCCUCUUCCUGCUGGCCAUCUUCUGCAAGAGGGUCACAGAGCCUGGAGCCUUCUGGGGCCUCAUGUCUGGCCUGGCCGUGGGGCUCCUGCGCAUGAUCCUGGAGUUCUCAUACCCAGCCCCAGCCUGCGGGGAGGCGGACCGGAGGCCGGCCGUGCUGAAGGACUGCCACUACCUCUACUUUGCCCUCCUGCUCUGUGGGCUCACCGCCAUUGUCAUCGUCACUGUCAGCCUCUGCACCACCCCCAUCCCUGAGGAGAAGCUCGCUCGUCUGACGUGGUGGACACGGAACUGUCCCCACUCUGAGCUGGAGAAGGAGGCCCCGGAGGGCACACCAGGGACCUCAGAGAUGCCAUCUGGGGCAUGUCCUCCAGGAGGCGGAGAGACAGAGGACCCCAGCAAGGACCGGGACCAGCACAGAGCCCCGCGCAGGCCGUGGCGCAGGCUGCUGUGGGACGGGCUCUGCGGGCUGGCCGGGCCCCAGCCGCCCGCGCCGAGCCCCGCUGACACCAGCAUCGCCGAGGAGCCGCUCUGGAGGGCCGUCUGCAACGCCAACGCCGUCCUGCUGCUGGCCGUCAACGUCUUCCUCUGGGGCUACUUUGCGUGACUUCGCAGACCCACUUCGGCCCAGGCGGCGUAAACAGGGCCCGAGCCUGGCCGGCCUCGGACGCAGCCUUCCUCCGUCUUGCCGUGGAAGCCGGCCACCACCGAGGCCGAGACACCGGCCCCCUCGCCCACCAGAUGGAGAGAUGGAGGCCGGAGAUGGCUCUGGGUUUGCUCAGGGCCACACAGCAGGGCUCGCUGGGUCUCCUGACGCCAGCCCCUUUUCCAUUACACGGCCUUCCAGUCCUACCUCAAAACCACAGUUUCCACCCUCGUGGUGCCUCUAUUCGGGAGCUGUCAAAUAGGCGUGUUUUGAGGUGUAAACAGUGGAGGAAAAAAGGGGUAACAAGAACAUUACAGAAGUCCAAGUGUAUCUUUGCUCACCCGAAGCCCUUCCCUUCUCCCUGUGUCCUCCCCCUCCCUCUCCACUUCCCCUCCCCCAGCCAUCUGUUCCAGCUGGCACUACCCGGAGGGCCUUGACUUCCACUGACCGCCCCACCGGAGUGAGGGCCCGGGGAGCACAAGCAUGGCCACACACGGAUGAGUUUGGGGAGGAGCUCUGGGCGAAAGGACGCUCCUUGGCACCACUCAAAUGCUGCCCUUCCCACUGUCACAUCCACACAUGUGCAGAGUCUCCAGGGCCUUGAGGGAUUGAGAGUCCAGCUGGAGACAUGACUUGUUGAAAAGAGUAAGCCCAGGAGAGGGCUAGCGUGGAUGGCCUGGAGCCACGGGGCGGGGCGCCUGCCCCUCUCCCUCUGCCUGCCGGGCCCCCACCUACGCUGGAAAACGCCAUGACCGGAAGCUGGGUUAUGACCCCACCGCUGCUUCCGCACCAUCUGGACGCGCCUCUGUGGCGGCACUGAUGACGGUUCUGUGAUGUUUGCCUCCCCUACAAGAUUGAGUACUCCAAGGGGCGAGGGCCAAGGGCAUGGCCCGAGUGACUUUGUACCUGGAAGGUAACAGUGUUCAAUAAAUGGUGAAUUAGUGAUUC